UGCGCACGGUAACUGCACUCUCUCUCUCUCUCUCUCUCUCUCUCUCUCUCUCUCUGUUCUCUACUUAUCAAACCUACCAGCAUUCAAUUAUCAUCAGUUCGUCACCAUCCGCGUUGUCGUAGUACCAUGCAUCGAGCCGAGGACGACGAUGCUAGCUAGAAAUCUUUAAACCCUGCUGCUCUCGGCUAUAAGUAGCAGCGCCCGAAUGCAGCGCUUUUGGCAAGCUUCAGAUUAGAGCUGCUAGCUUAUUAGGAAGUUCAUCACCGACAUACAGUACAGUAGUAGCUUAGCUUGUCUCGUCAGUCCGAUCCAUCCAUCCAUGGCGGCGAAGCUCGUCUACCUCUUAACCGUCGUGUUCUUAUCCAUGGCGCUUCUACUGUCUCUCCGCGGACAGUGCGAAGCUGCUGCGACAAGCUGCCGGCGUCGUGUCGGCGCCGGAGGAGGAGCUGCUGCAGCAGCGGGCAGCAGGAGCUCCGGCGGCCAGGCGGGGAAGAAGCAGCGGCAGCGGCAGCGGCCGCAGGUGGAGGGGAUGUUCGUGUUCGGGAGCUCGGUGGUGGACAACGGCAACAACAACUUCCUCAACGGCUCCGGCGUGCGCGCCGACUACCUCCCCUACGGCGUGGACUUCCCGCUGGGCCCCUCCGGGCGCUUCUCCAACGGCCGCAACGUCAUCGACGCGCUCGGCGAGCUCCUCCGCCUCCCGGGGCUCGUCCCGCCCUUCGCCGACCCGCGCACCCGCGGCCGCGCCGCCCUGCACGGCGUCAACUUCGCCUCCGGCGGCUCCGGCAUCCUCGACCACACCGGCCAGCUCACCGGCGAGGUGGUGAGCCUGCGGCAGCAGAUCAGCAACUUCGAGGCGGUGACCCUCCCCGACCUGCGGGCCCAGCUGCGAGGAGCGGCGGCGACCGCCGGCGACCACAGGAUCAGGCGCCAGGAUUCCUUCCAGCGCUGCUACCUGUCCAAGUGCCUCUUCGUCAUUGGGACAGGUGGCAACGACUACCUGCUCAACUACUUCAACCCCAGGAAGAAUGGCACCGAGGGUGGGACCCCUUUGACAGAGUUCACAAGGUCUCUCAUCAUCAAGCUCUCACACCAUCUUCAGAGGCUGUACGCUCUGGGCGCCAGGAAGUUCGUGGUCUUCUCGAUCCAGCCGACCGGGUGCACCCCCGUGGUGCGGUCGUUCCUCAACAUCACCGGCGCCGCCUGCAUCGAGCCGGUGAACGACGCGGUGGCGCUCUUCAACUCGGAGCUCCGGCGGCUGGUCGACGGCGCGAGGUCGCGCAUGCCCGCCGCCAGGCUCGCCUACAUCGACUCGUACAGGAUCAUCAAGGACAUGCUGGACCACCCCGCCAAACACGGCGUGAGGGAGACGGGCAGGGCCUGCUGCGAGAUGUCCCGGAGCUCGUCGGGCGUGCUGUGCAAGAAGCAAGGGCCCGUGUGCAGGGACCGGACGGAGUACGUGUUCUUCGACGGGCUGCACCCGACGGACGCCGUGAACGCCAGGAUCGCGCGCAAGGGCUACGGCUCCAGCUCGCCGGAGCACGCCUACCCCAUCAACGUCAAGAAGCUAGCCAUGCUGUAGGCCUACCGGAUAAUAAUUAAUCCUUCUCUUAGUAAUUAAUUAAAUUGUGAUGAGUGGGUUAAUCUAAGCCGUGCGUGCAUCUAGCUAGGUUAAAUAAGAAUUUUGUAAGUCUUAUCGCUAGUUCAAUGGAUAAAAUCUAGUAGCCGAACAUCAUCCGAGCCGCCGGGCCAAUGCGCUAUAUACGGGCUGAAUCGAAAGUUUUGGUUUUAUGCCCAAGGCCCGUAGUGUUUUUUGGAUUGUACAACGGUUUGGUAUGUUGUAAGGACUGGUGUUUGUAAAGAAUUGGCCAUAAAGUUCAUCUACUAUGGGCAUCUUUGGUUUGGUACCAAAAGUGUGCUCAAGUUAGCCAACCUAAA